UAUUUGGAAACUUUUAGAAAGGAUUCGGUAUAAACUCAUCACCUGCAUGUCGGCACUGCUGAAUAUUUCCUCACCGAUGCUAUGGUUACCUUUAUUACGAUCUUACAGGUGAAUCUAGUGAUGUCCAUCCUGCUGUACGUGAUGUUCAUCGCGUACCUCUAUGGCAUCUCGGCAUCGACAAUGAAGAAGCAGCGGCCAACACAGGAUCCUAUUAACAAUCUGAUCAUAAAGCUCCUGCAGGCUGACAUAACCCGCAGCCGACAGAAGCAGGAUGAGGGUGUCCCGGAUUCACUUCAAUCCAGCACCUCAAAGACACCUCCAGGGAUGGACUACAAGGACAGCUUUAGCUCAAGCAUUUACCAGCCUGUGACGGACAUCUCCGCAGAACUCCUGCGCCAGCAUAAGAGAUACAACUCGCCACGGGUGCUGCUGAGCGACCGGCCUCCUCUGCAGCCCCCUCCGCUCUACCUCAUGGAUGACUUUGUCAGUAUCCAGGAUGCAAGUGGGACCAAUAAGACCCGGCAGAAGCGCUACGUUGAACACAAGAGCUACAGAGGGGAGCACUCGGUUUGCGAUAGCGAGAGCCUGUGGGUGAAUGAUCGGACCACGGCUGUGGACAUGCUUGGACGGCAGGUCACGGUUAUGCGGUCAUUUAAUACGAUCAAGCAAUUCUUUUACGAGACAAAAUGUAGAACAGCCAAGCCCUAUAAGAGCGGCUGCAGGGGGAUUGAUGGCAAACACUGGAACUCGCAGUGCAAAACUACGCAAUCUUUUGUGCGCGCCCUCACUCAGCAUGAAUCUUUAGUGGGUUGGCGCUGGAUACGUAUAGACAGUUCGUGUGUCUGCGCGCUCUCCCGCAAACCCCACAGGACGUGAAAAAUCAUAAACGUGCAAACCAGACACGAACACACGUGCAGUAUAUUGCGCCAAGACACCACUAUUUUUAAAUUUGUCCCUGGGGGCUGUAAAUAUAUAAAUAUAAAUUAUUUAAGUUAUAUGGAUUACAUUUAGUUUAUACAUGUCUAUAUAUGAUGUAUACAAAUAUUUAUUUAAGUCAUUUGCAAAGGUAAAUCUUUAAAAAAGAGAGACAGAGACUUUUAUAAUCAUGCAAUGCCACCUGAGCUACAGGAGCACUGCAUGAAUCGAUGUGCCUUGCUCAAAUAUCAGUCGGAGGACACAUAACCUGGACCUUGGGAACAGUUGCAAUGGAAAACAAAACCCUCAAUAUCAUGCUAACUUCAGUAUUGUUCAUGAAAACCAGUUUUUCUACUGAUACUUGCUGCCAGUAUAACUUCAUGUCUGGGAAAACAACUGACAGCCUAGACAUUGUUGUAUUUUUAUGGAAAUAUGUAAACACAGUAUAUAUGUAUGAAAACUGCAUGAAAUACCUAAGAAAUA